GUCGACGGCACCUCCUAAACGCAACUCUCCAACCGCUCCCAUUCAUUUGAUCAAGAAAAAACACGGAUAACGAUUGGCGCCACUCUCGCUCCGGCUAUCACCCCUACCUUAUCGCUAUCACCCCCACGUUAUCGGAAAUCUUAAUCCUUAAUCCUUCCAUGAAAAGAAGACCUGAAUUCGACUGACAAAAAAAAAAAUGUCAUUUGAAUAAGGCCUGAGCUGUCAUGGAGAUGCGAAUCCUCCGCCGCAUCUCUAUCUCCCCUCCGCCGUGCUCCGCCGCCGCCUCCUUCCCCCUUACCUUCUUCGACGCGGCGUGGCUCUUCACCGGGCCCAUAGAGCACCUCUUCUUCUACGCCCUCCCCGACUCCACCUCCUACUUCGUCGCCCACCUCCUCCCCCAACUCGCUUCCUCCCUCUCCCUCGCCCUCCUCCGCUUCCCCCCUCUCCUGGGCCGCAUCCGCCCCGCCGCCGCCGCCGACGCCAACGACUCCGUCCCCCUCACCGUCGCCGAGAGCUCCGACGGCUUCGACGCGCUCUCCAGCCCCGGCCCCCGCGACUUUGCGAAUCUCCACGCGCUGAUCCCCCAACUGCCCCAACCCAGCGACAGCUCGAUCCCGCUCACCACCGUGCAGGUCACCGUGUUCCCCCGCCGCGGCGUCGCCCUCGGGAUCGCCAUCCACCACGCGGUGUGCGACGACUCGAGCUUCCUCCACUUCGUCAAAUCCUGGGCUGCUGUGUGCAAGCUCGGCGGCGCGGUUCGGUUCCCGUUCCCGUUCCCGUUCCCGCCACCCCCGUCCUUCGACCGCGGCACGAUCCCCGAUCCCACGGGCCUCAGCGCCAAGACCCUCGCCGAGCUUACUCGACCGCCGUAGGAGCCCGAACCGGCCCGGCCCAGCUCAGUCCUCGGGUCAUUGGUGAUAAGCACCGCUGCCCCAACCUCCAUCCUUUCAUUAGCCCUAUCCCCGCCUGCCGACGCUCGCUCUCCACCCGCGCGCCAGCCCUCCCCUCGGCGGCAGACAUCUCCAUCCUCGACGCCCCCGCGGCUCUCGCCGAGGCCUUCGUGGCCGCUGCUGCUGCCGCUGUGCUCUCUCUUGCCGACCCCGGGCGGCGGCGAGAGAGAAGGGGGG